GCGAGCCGGUUAAAGACCCCCGAAAAGCCAAGAUGGCUGCGCCCAUGGCAGACGCCGGGGAGUUUGAAAGUUGGCUAAAUGAGCGUCUCGAUUCACUAGAAGUGGACCGAGAGGUGUACGGCACCUACAUUUUAGGAGUGCUGCAAGAGGAGGAGAGUGACGAGGAGAAAGGGGACGCGCUUCAAGGGAUUUUAUCCGCAUUUCUGGAUGAGGACACACUGGAAGAUGUCUGCAAAGAAAUUAUCAAGCAGUGGGCGGAGUACUGCAGCCGCUCGGCAAACAAGAGGGACGCUGGAGACGUUGAGGUCCAGGCCAUCGCCAGCAUGAUCGAGAAACAAGCUCAGAUUGUGGUAAGACAAAAAGAAGUGACAGAGGAGUCCAAGAAGAGGAAAGAGGCCCUCUUGGCACAGUAUGCCAACAUUACAGACGAAGAGGAUGAAGGGGAGGAGGAGGAGUCUCCAGAUGGCAAUGUCGGAAAAGACAAGUCCAUGUUCAAGAACACCAACGUGGAGGAGGUCCUGAACAGGCAAAAGCAGAAGCGGGAUCAGGCCCGCGAAGAUGCUCAGAAGAAGAAGGAGAUGGACAAGAUGCAGAGGGAAAAGGACAAGCUGGCCAAACAGGACAGGAAGGAGAAGGAGAAGAAGCGCACACAGAAGGGUGAACGCAAAAGAUAAAAGCAGGGGAAAGGACAUUUGUAAGUGCGUGGAAAAGGGUCGGCAACAUGAAAAACAUUUGGGACAUCGCAUUCGUGUGUGUUGCUGAAUGCCGAGAUGAGCACUGAAAUUGAGGAAAACCCGGAAAUUCAGUCUUGUUUUUGAGCUAAUUGGACACAUUUGCCUCUUGUAUUGUCACAACUGGACUUAUGUGCAGUCUUUCAACUCCUUUGGCUUUUGACUGAGAUGAUGUAAAAAUGAAACAUGGUGUUCAAUAUCUUUUUAAAGUAAUAAAACCUUUGGAGCAAUUUCAGUACUUUUAAUUUUGAAAGUUUACAUGUACAAGCAUGUAGAAUGGUGAAAAACAACAUAACAUCAUACAUAAAAUAAUAAGGACUGGAACAAUCGUAAUACUGACACUCAAGCAGCUAAACGACUGAGCUGUCAACUUUAAUGUCAAACUGACAAACUAAUUGCUAAUAAGAUUGGAUUCAAAGGUCGCUCGAAAUGUUUGCUGUAGAGAUAAAACUGCACUAAAUUGUGCAUGGGUUUUCUGAAAACUUUGCUAACAAAACCCAAGUGAAGUCUCAGAAGUGCCAAGCCUCUUAAGAUUUUUUUUUCUUUUUAUAUUUCAUCCAGAAAAUGUUAACCUUAACUUUUCCAUCUUACAGUUCACUGAUAGUAUUGUAGUAUGACACAGUAAUAAUUACUUGUCAUAUGCUCCCUGUGGAAAAAAGUGAUUGACGAGUAUGAAUUAAAAACAUCAUAUUGUCUAGAUAUUUGAUCUACCGUUGUUUAAACUGUUCCAAAUAAUACAGGAAAAAAGUUAAUGUACUAUUUUGAUUAUGAUUCAAAUAGUGGUGAGGAAUAGUUGGUGAUGAGUUCAACAGGUUAAUAAAUAAUAAAGAACAUAAAUAGUGAUGUUUAAAUAAAGUUGAAAUGGAGAAAGACUGGCAUAAAUUUAGUCGGGUCACUUCAUUCAUUAAAUGGUGCAGCUCUUUAUACAGUCCAUCCACCUGAAGCCACGAGGUGUCAAAACAAUUGUUAUUCUGAUCACCAGGUCAACAGCAAUGUGUCCUUUUUAGGAAGGUGCUGCAUUUAAGUUGGUAUCGUGGGAAUUUAUCAUUCUGCCAUUGGGUUUAAAAUUAACCACUCAUGCCUGUAACUCAUUUUGUUGUCCACUAGAUCCUAAAAGAGUAGCCAACGUUGGGAGGAGAGAGGCAGCGGUGUGUGUGUGUCUCUUCCCUGUUUACAACCUGGUGGUCCGGCCUAUUGAUAGGUUCUGGCAGGCACAUCUGAAGAGCGCACCACAGGGCCGUACGGAGCUUCCUGGUGGACGCCGCAAGCUCUUUCAGGCCCAUGACCAACAACAUGGUGUCUAGGAAAAAAGUUAGGCAGGGUAGCAUUUUACACUGGCGAUACAGUCCUGCCUAUUUCACUUUUGGAAACUGUUGGAACUGGAUAUGAGACUCAGUUACCAUCGAAUAUACUACAAGUGGUCCUA